UUAUAAAGGAGAGUGAUGCUCUACAGAGCAACUACUGCUGCUGAUGCUCAACGCACAAACAAACACACAACCACACAGAGCUGCACACUGUGUGACUACAGGAGGGGUUUGGACCAGAUCAAGCCACAAGUUAUCUCAGAGGUCAAAGUUCACAGCCAGAUGUCUCGCUACCUGGAGAUGAAGGAUUUCGGCGAUGCUGCGCAGUUCCUGCGGCUCACAAACCUGGAGCAGCUGGCAGGGAUCGCCACGACCUACGAUGGUACUAAGCGUGUGUGGAUGCCUGACGAUGUGGAGGCGUACGUUGAGGUGGAGGUGAAGGAGCUGAACGGAGCGAAAACCAUCGUGGAGACCAAGGACGGACGGUUUUUGCCGGCCAGGGAGGAGGAGCUGCAGCCCAUGAACCCGGCCCGCUUCGACCUGAUGGAGGACAUGGCCAUGCUCACCCACCUCAAUGAGGCCGCCGUGCUCUUCAACCUGCGCCGCCGCUACAGCAUGUGGAUGAUCUACACCUACUCGGGUUUGUUUUGCGUCACGGUCAACCCCUACAAGUGGCUUCCUGUGUACUCUGCUGAGGUGGUCGCCGCCUACAAGGGGCGUCGCCGGGCAGAGGCCCCGCCCCACAUCUACUCCAUCGCCGACAACGCCUACAGCGACAUGCUGAAGAACCGAGAAAACCAAUCCAUGCUCAUCACAGGGGAGUCAGGAGCAGGGAAGACGGUCAACACAAAGAGAGUCAUCCAGUACUUUGCCAUCGUCGCUGCCAUGGGAGACACCGUGAAAAAAGGAGGCUCCCUGGAGGACCAGAUCAUCGAGGCCAACCCGGCCAUGGAGGCGUUUGGAAACGCCAAGACCAUCCGCAACGACAACUCGUCUCGCUUCGGGAAGUUCAUCAGGAUCCACUUUGGACCCACUGGGAAACUGGCCUCUGCUGACAUCGACAUCUAUCUCCUGGAGAAGUCGAGGGUGGUGUUCCAGCAGCCCGAGGAGAGGGGAUACCACAUCUUCUACCAGAUCCUGUCCAAUCAGAAGCCAGAACUACAAGACAUGCUGCUGGUGACCACCAAUCCCUAUGACUACCACUUCUGCUCCCAGGGUGAGACCAAGGUAACAGGGAUCAACGAUGGGGAGGAGCUUAACCUCACUGAUCAUGCGAUGGACACUCUGGGCUUCCCCCUGGAGGAGAAGUAUGGCUGCUAUAAGAUCGUCGGAGCCAUCAUGCACUUUGGAAACAUGAAGUUCAAGAAGAAGCAGAGAGAGGAGCAGGCAGACACAGACGGCACAGAGAGUGCUGAUAAGGCGUCCUACCUGAUGGGGAUCAGCUGCUCUGAGCUCCUCAAGACUCUUCUUCAUCCUCGGGUCAAAGUGGGAAAUGAGUACAUCGUUAAAGAACAGACUGUAGAGCAGGUGAACUACGCGGUGGGGGCUCUAGCCAAGGCAGCCUAUGACCGGAUGUUCAAGUGGCUGGUGGGUCGGAUCAACCAAUCGCUGUACACGGCUCUGCCCAGACAGUACUUCAUCGGAGUGCUCGACAUCGCUGGCUUCGAGAUAUUUGACUUCAACAACUUUGAGCAGCUGUGCAUCAACUUCACCAACGAGAAGCUGCAGCAGUUCUUCAACCACCACAUGUUCGUGCUGGAGCAGGAGGAGUACCAGCUGGAGGGCAUCGAGUGGACCUUCAUCGACUUCGGCCUGGACCUCAAGGCCUGCAUCGACCUCAUCGAGAAGCCUCUGGGCAUCUUGUCCAUCCUGGAGGAGGAGUGUAUGUUCCCCAAGGCCACGGACCAGAGCUUGAAGACCAAACUGUACGACAACCACCUGGGGAAGUCUCCCAACUUCCAGAGGCCGCGGCCCGACAAGAAACGCAAACACGAGACGCACUUUGAGCUGGUGCACUACGCCGGAGUGGUACCCUACAGCAUCGCUGGGUGGCUGGUGAAGAACCGAGACCCCCUGAAUGAGACGGUGGUCACCCUGUUCCAGAAGUCCUCCAACAAACUGAUGGCUGCUCUGUUUGAGAACUACGUCAGCUGUGAGACCGCUGGGGACGCCAAACAGAAGAGAAGGAAGGGUGCGUCCUUCCAGACCGUCUCCCAGAUGCACAAGGAGAACCUGAAGAAGCUAAUGGCUAACCUGCGCAGCACCCAGCCUCACUUCGUCCGCUGCAUCAUCCCCAACGAGACCAAGAGCCCAGGGGUGAUGCAGCCGUUCCUGGUGCUGCACCAGCUGCGCUGUAACGGCGUGCUGGAGGGGAUCCGCAUCUGCAGGAAGGGCUUCCCCAACCGCAUCCUGUACGCCGAGUUCAAAGAGAGGUACCGUAUCCUGAGCCCGUCGGUCAUUCCAGAGGACUCGUUUGUGGACAGCAGGAAGGCUGUGGAGAAGCUGCUGGGCUCCCUGGACAUCGACCACAGCCAGUACAAGUUUGGGGUGUCCAAGGUGUUCUUCAAGGCAGGUCUCCUGGGUGUCCUGGAGGACAUGAGGGACCGCCGGCUGUCCAAGCUCCUCACCACCGUCCAAGCCGUCUGCAGGCGCAAACUCAUGAUGGUGGAGCUCAAGAGGAUGGCAACAGAAUGGGAGGCGGUGUCAGUGAUCCAGUUCACCCUGCGAGCCUUCUACACCGUCCGCACCUGGCCCUGGAUGAUGCUCUUCUACAAGCUCCGCCCCCUGCUGAAGAGCGCCCAGGUGGAGAAGGAGCUGGUGGCGGUCCGGAAGGAGUUCAACACGCUGAAGGAGACCUUUGAUAGAUCGGAGGUGAAGCGUCGCGAGGCAGAGGAGAAGCAGGUGGUUCUGGUUCAGGAGAAGAUCGACCUUGGUCUCCAACUACAGGCUGAGCAGGACAACCUGUCGGACGCAGAGUUGCGCUGCAGUCAGCUGAUCCAGACCAAGAUCCAGAUGGAGAGCAAGCAGAAGGAGCUGCAUGAGCGCCUGGAGGACGAGGAGGAGAUGAGUGUCACCCUCGCCUCCAAGAAACGGGAGCUGGACGAGGAAGUGAUGUCACUGAAGAGGGAUGUGGACGACCUGGAGGUCACUCUGGCCAAGGUGGAGAAGGAUCGCCACGGGCUGGAGAACAAGGUGAAGAACCUGGGCCAUGAGAUGGCUGUGCUGGAUGAGUCGGUCUCGUCCCUGACCCGGGAGAAGGCUGCACUCCACGAGGUCCACCAGCAGGUGCUCCACGACCUGCAGGCUCACCAGGACAAGCUCUCCAUGCUGCAGAAGGCCAAGAGCCGCCUGGAGCAGCACGUGGAGGAUCUGGAGAUCUCCCUGCAGCAGGAGAAGAAGCUGCGCACCGAGCUGGAGCGAACCAAACGGAAGACGGAGGGGGAUCUGAAGCUGUCCAUGGAGUCCGUCAGGGACCUGGAGGUGGAGAAGGAGCACCUGGAGGAGAAACUGAAAAAGAAGGACUUUGAGCUGUGCCAGCUCCAGGCCAAGAUGGAGGAUGAACAGAGUCAGGCUACUCAGCACCAGAAGAGGAUCAAAGAGCUGCAGACCCGUAUCGAGGAGCUGGAGGAGGCCUUGGAGGCAGAGCGGGCGUGGCGAACGAAGGCGGAGCGGCAGAGGAACGAGUUGGCGAAGGAGCUGGAGGAGCUGGGAGAGAGACUGGAGGAGGCGGGAGGAGCUUCUGCUGCUCAGAUCGCCCUCAACAGGCGGCGGGAGGCGGACUUCCUGAAGGUGCGGCGGGAGCUGGAGGAGGCGGGGCUUCUCCACGAGGCCACGGCGGCCGGGCUGCGGAGGAAGCACGCGGAGGCGGUGACGGAACUGGGCCAGCAGAUGGAGCUGCUGCAGCGGGGGAAGCUCCGCCUGGAGAAGGAGAACGCCGAGGCCCGUCUGGAGGCCGACGACCUCAACGCCCACCUGGAGACGCUCACCAAGGCCAAGGCCGGAGUGGACAAGAUGUGCCGGCUGUAUGAAGACCAGCUGAGCGAGAGCAGGACGCGAGCGGACGAGCUGCAGAGACAGACGAGUGACCUCACAGCCCAGAACGCCAGGGCUGUCACAGAGACAGCCGAGUACAGUCGUCGUUUGGAGGAGGGGAAUGCUCUGAUUGGUCAGCUCCAACGUUCCAAGGCGGGGCUUAUUCAGAACCAGGACGACCUGAAGCGACAGCUUGAGGAGGAGAGCAAGGCGCGCGUGGCGCUGGCCCACGCGGUGCAGGCGGCGCGCUGUGACGCGGCGAUGCUCCGGGAGCAGCUGGAGGAGGAGACGGCGGGGCGGGCGGAGCUGCAGCGGGCGCUGACCGCCUCCAGCAGCCAGGUGGCGACCUGGAGGACCAAGUACGAGAUGGACGCCGUGCACAAGGUGGAGGAGCUGGAGGACGCCAAGAAGAAGCUGGUGGUGCGUCUGCAGAGCAGCGAGGAGGCCCUGGAGGCGUCCCGGGCCAGGUGGUCCUCCCUGGAGAAGGGCCGUCUGCGGCUCCAGACGGAGGUGGAGGACCUGGCGGUGGAGCUGGAGCGCUCCAACGCCGCCGCGCUCGCCCUGGACAAGAAACAACGGCACUUUGACAAGAUGGUGAGCGAGUGGAAGCUGAGGCUGGAGGAGAGCCAGGCGGAGCUGGAGGGCUCUCAGAGAGAGGGACGCAGCCUGAGCACGGAGCUCUUCAGGCUGAAGAACAGCUACGAGGAGGCCCUGGAGCAGCUGGAGACGGCCAACCGGGAGAACAAGAACCUCCAGGAGGAGAUCGUGGAGCUCACAGAGCAGAUAAGUCGGGAAGGGAAGACCAUCCACGAGCUGGAGAAGAUCAAGAAGGUUCUGGAUGUGGAGAAGAGCAACAUCAGAGCUGCUCUGGAGGAGGCAGAGGGAACUCUGGAGCACGAGGAGAGCAAGACCCUCAAAGCCCAGUUGGAGUUCCAUCAGAUGAAAGCAGAGGUCGACAGAAAGAUCUCAGAGAAGGACGAAGAGAUCGACAACCUCAGGCAUACUCACCAGCGCUCCCUGGAGGCCAUGCAGACCAGCCUGGAGGCGGAGCUGCGUUGCCGUGGCGAGGCGGUCCGCCUCAGGAAGAAGAUGGAGGUGGAUCUGAACGAGAUGGAGCUCCAGCUGAGCCAGGCCAACCGCCAGGCCGCUGAGAGCAUGAGGCUCACCAGACACCUGCAGGCACAGGUGAAAGAGCAACAGGUGGAGCUGGAUGACAAGUUCCAGCUGACCAAUCAGCUGAAGGAGCAGGUGGUGUUGGUGGAGCGUCGCUGCUCGCUGCUCCUUGCCGAGGAGGCGGAGCUACGGAGUGCUCUGGAACAGUCUGACCACGCCCACAAGAUGGCUGAACACGAGCUAGUAGAGGCCAUCGAGAGAGCCAACCACCUCAACACCCAGGUGUCUGGCCUGGUGGCCGUGAAGCGGAAGCUGGAGGCGGAGCUGGUGGUGCUGGUGGGGGAGGUGGAGGAGGCCGUACAGGAGGGUCGCUCCACCAGCGACAAGGCCAAGAAGGCCCUCACCGACGCGGCCCUGAUGGCCGAGGAGCUGAAGAAGGAGCAGGACAGCACCACGGCGUUGGAGAGGAUGAAGAAGAACAUGGAGACCACUGUCAGAGACCUUCAGGUGCGUCUGGAUGAAUCGGAGCAGAUGGCGCUGAAGGGAGGGAAGAAACAGCUCCACAAACUGGAGAGCAGAGUGAGGGAGCUGGAGACCGCACUGCUGCUGGAGGAGAAGAAGAGCGAGGAGGUCGUGAAGGGGGCCCGGCGUUACGAGAGAAAAGUCAAGGAGCUGACCUACCAGACAGAGGAAGACCAGAAGACUCUUCUGCACAUGCAGGACCUGAUAGAAAAACUGCAGACUAAAGUCAAGAGCUACAAGCGACAGUCAGAGAACGCGGAGGAGCAGGUGAGCAGCAACGUGACGCGCGUCAGGAAGAUGCAGCACGAGCUGGACGAUGCGGAGGAGCGCGCGGGCAUGGCGGAGACCACCGUCAGCAAGCUGCUGGUCCGGACCCGGCAGCAGACCACCAAGGUGGCCAUGAUCAUUGAGUGAGAAGGACAUCAUGGUGGACCGCUGCUGCUAUGUGUGUGUGUGUGUGUGUGUGUGUGUGUGUGUGUGUGUGUGCGUGCGUGUGCCCAUGAUGUGUGGAGUUUCAAAGGUCAUCCGUGUGUUUCCGAUGGUUGGUGUACGGUCUACAGUUACCAGUAUCAACACAAUAUCACCAUGGAGACCAUCAGAUUGACAGUGAAUUCAAAUUAAGUUUUUCAAAUCAGCAUGGGAAUAGUUUGACGUGAAUUUGAUCAUGUUGGGUUAUGAGUAAUUUUAA